GCGAGACGCACGGCGUUUCCCAAGGGAAGCCCGUUCCGGUCGCGCGGAUGGCCGAGUGUCAGUACGUCGACGGCGUCGGUCUCGCGCGCAUGAUUGCCAUUCCUCGUCUCCGCGACUCCGCGAGUAAACACACACACGUACACGCAUACACACAGGCGCGCGCGCGCGUGUCCCCUGUGUCUCUUCCUGCUCUUCCUUCCUCGUCGCGAAAAGCAGCCGGCCGGAGAUGAGUUACGCGGCCCGCGGACGCUGAGGAGGCGAACGCGCGCGCGCGCAGUCGGGGACCUCCUCGCGGCUGGGAACGCCGCCUGCACGACGCUGCUGUCCGCGCGGGUGGUGCGCGCCGAACGGUCGAUUCGCAGCCUAGUAGCCGGCAGAACGGAGCUACCAUCACAGCGACUACUCCACAUGUGGACAUCGCCGUCCCGACUCAGGAUCGGCCGGGCACCCAGGAAAAAGACUCAGCCUUGAGUUGAUAGCUGCGCCACCAGCUGUCGCGGCUGGUGAAGGAUGGAGAACACCGAUGGAUCCAGGAGGAAGCUCUCCUUCCUCGGCUUCGGUAAACGGGUAUCGGUCGACGGGCAUGGCGCGGAAACGGGACCGGAACUCGAUGAGGAGAUGGAGAAGGUCUUCGCGAUGGACGCAGGAGAAAAAUUCGACGUAGCCCGGCUUGGCUCGCCUACGGAGUCUGUUGGAUCGGAUCGAGAUCGCGAUCGCGGACCGCCAUCGCGAUAUGGCGAUCGCGACUUCAAUCAACAUCGGAAAAAGAGCUACCCUCACCCGCACAUGCCCCUGAAGAGCCUGCAUUCCAGAUCUAUGCGGCGGCACCUUUCACCUGAAGGAUCGGCGGCGGAAGUGUCUACCGAGGAGGAGCACAGUAACGCACAGCCGAGGAGCAACGAACUGCAGGAAGUCGACGGAAUUAACAACGUGCUGCAGCCGGCCGGCACGACCGAGGUCGAAGCUGAGGUUGACGAAGAAACGGCGGAGGAAACUGAGAACGUAAUCAGCAGCGAGAGCGAAGCGCCGAUUUCCGAGAGGGCAGCUUCUGGUUUCAGCGAUAGCCCGUCCGUCGGCAGCCCGCGAGUGCAGUUCGAGAAGAUCAAGGAAGAGGAGGCACCAUGCGCGCAGAUUCCGGAAGCGCCGGCGGAUACUACACCCAGUGGCCACGAGGAGGACCGGAAGUGUCGACGACACCAGAAACACGAGCACAAACGCCAUCACCACAAGUCUCGCAAGUACUCCCUGCAGGAGGACCCGCAAUGGCGGAAACGUUCAGGCGCCGGUUUACCGGACAGCUCGGGCCUGCUGACCCGUCGGGUCAGCGUCCAGCCGGAGGAGGCGAGCACUCUGCAGGAACUCGACAUCGACGACCUGGAAUCGCACCGCAGCGACGACCCGCGCGGCAUGCGCCGACACAAAGCGGCCCAUUCGGUGGUGCAGAUCGGUCGGCGGAAGGAGGGCGGUAUCCCUCACGACACAUUCAAGAAGAUGUACGAUCACUCACCGCACGAAGUGUUCGUCCAGCUGGACGAACUGCAUGGCAUGGGCGAGGAGCGCGAAUGGAGGGAAACCGCGCGCUGGAUCAAGUACGAAGAGGAUGUCGAGGAGGGUGCCGAUAGGUGGGGUAGACCUCACGUAGCCUCGCUCAGCUUCCACUCGCUGUUGAAUCUCCGCCGUUGCCUAGAGACCGGCGUGGUCCUGCUCGACCUGGAGGAGAAGGACCUGCCGGGACUGGCCUACAGGGUGGUCGAGCAGAUGGUCGUCGAGGAGCUGAUCCUCGCCGAAGACAGGCCGGUCGUCAUGCGAGCACUAUUGCUGAGACAUCGGCACGUGCACGAGCAUGAGCGCGGCUUCCGUUUCGGCGCUAAGAGGAGUUACUCCAGCUACACCAGCCUUCAGUCCAUCUGGCUGGAGGAAGAAGACGCUGCGCGGGAAGCCGCUGAGAACCAUGUGACCCAACAUAAUCUGCACGACGCAAAACCGAAGAUCGUGUCAUCGAACUUGGCCCUAGACAGUAACCACACCGUGGUCGAUAUCAAGGAGGAACUGACGUAUACGAGUAGCAACGAGGAUCUGAAGAAAGGCCACAAUGAGUACAUCCUGAAGAGGAUUCCAGCCGGUGCUGAGGCAACAGUUGUCCUCGUCGGUGCCGUUGACUUCUUGGACCAGCCGACGAUAGCUUUCGUACGAUUGGCCGAGGGUGUAUUCAUGCCGGCCAUCACGGAAGUCACGAUACCGGUGAGGUUCAUGUUCACCCUACUGGGACCGAGGAACGCGGAUCUGGACUACCACGAGAUCGGUCGAUCUAUUUCCACUCUGAUGGCGAACACGUCGUUCCACAAAGUCGCGUACAAGGCUACCGAGAGGCGAGAAUUAUUAUCAGCUAUCAACGAGUUCUUGGACGAUUCGAUCGUAUUACCACCUGGUGAUUGGGAGAGACAAGCGUUGCUGCCGUUCGACGAACUCAAGGCGAAGAGCGAGGCCAUCAGAAAGAGGAAGGCUAAGGCGCUCGAGGAGAAGACCAAGCCGGUGCAAAGUGAAGCGGCUGUAAAGAAAGCUCUCCUGGCGGGCGAAGAAGAGAAGAAACCGCCGGAAGAUGACGAUCCACUGCGGCGCACCAGACGACCAUUUGGCUGUCUCAUCAACGACAUCAAGCGUCGCUACCCUUUCUACCUGUCAGACUUCACGGAUGGUCUCAGUUCGUCCUGCCUCGCGGCCGCUAUUUUCAUGUACUUCGCCGCACUAUGCACCGCCAUCACCUUCGGUGGUCUGAUGAGCGACAAGACGCAGAACGUGAUCGGCAUCUCCGAGACUCUGGUCUCCGGCUCGUGGACGGGUGUGGUGAUGGCGUUGUUCGCCACCCAGCCGUUGGUCAUCAUCGGCACGACCGGGCCGCUGCUGCUGUUCGACGAGAGCCUGUACAACUUCUGUAUAGCGAAUGAGCUCGAGUUCCUCACCGUUCGAGUGUACGUGGGUGCGUGGAUGGGCAUCAUCGCCGUAGUGAUCGCCUGCGUGGAGGGCUCGGUCCUCGUGCGACUGUUCACGCGCUUCACCGAGGAGAUCUUCACCGGCCUGAUCUCCAUCCUCUACAUCGUCGAAACGUUCAUCAAACUUUACAACUACUUCGUGCGAAACCCGCUUCUGCACGAGUACAGCUUCGGCCCGGACGUCAACGACACCGUUUACCCGCUCUACGUCACCGAGAUGAAGAUCACCACGUCGCCGUGGAACGCAACCGAGAUAACGUAUCGCUUGGAGAAUGCCAGUGAGUUGAUACCGAGGCGCGACAUUGCCAGGCUGCUGAUUAACCAGCCCAACACCGCCCUAAUGUGCACUAUACUUUGCCUCGGCACUUUCCUGGGCGCUUAUUACUUGAGGAUCUUCCGCAACAGCCAUUACUUGGGCCGCAGUGCCCGGAGAGCCUUCGGUGACUUCGGUGUACCCAUCAGCAUCAUCGUCUUCGUCCUCAUUGAUUAUUUAGCCAUGGUGAGGACGGAGAAACUGUUGGUCCCAGAAGGACUCAGCCCAACUAUACCUGAUAGAAGCUGGUUCGUAUCACCUGCUGGUACGGAGAAACCCAUUCCGUUCUGGAUGGCGGUGGCUUGCGUGGUGCCGGCCUUACUGGUCUACAUUCUAGUAUUCAUGGAGACUCAGAUAUCAGAACUGAUCAUCGACAAGAAGGAACGCAAACUGCGGAAGGGCAACGGCUAUCACAUGGACAUAGUCGUGGUCUGUCUGAUGAAUGUGGGAUGCGGUCUAAUGGGCGCACCUUGGUGCUCCGCUGCGUCGGUGCGCUCCUUGACGCACGUGUCGGCCGUGACCGUGAUGUCGCGCACGCACGCGCCCGGCGACAAGCCUCACAUCGUCGAGGUGAAGGAGCAGAGGGUGAGCGCCCUCUUGGUCGCCAUACUGAUAGGGGUGAGCGUGCUGAUGGCACCGCUGCUGCGGCGGGUGCCGAUGUCCGUCCUGUUGGGUGUAUUCCUUUACAUGGGCAUCUCGUCGACAAACGGUGUGCAGCUGUUCGAUCGCGUCAAGCUAUUCUUCAUGCCGGUCAAGCAUCACGGCACGGCUAAUUACGUGCGCCGCGUACAGACCUACAAGAUGCACGUGUUCACCUUAAUACAGAUCCUGUGCCUGGCCGUGCUGUGGAUCGUGAAAAGCACCAGGGCCGCAUUGGCCUUACCGUUCUUCCUCAUCCUGAUGAUCCCGCUACGUGCUCAGAUGAGCCACUUCUUCACCGCCGCGGAGCUACGCGCCCUCGACAGCAAGGGGUCCGAACACGAGGACGAGUUGGACUUCUACGAGGAGGCUCCACUACCUGGUUAGACUGUGCCUUAAUCGUACUCUGUAUCGCGCGACGUGUCUCUCUCUGGACUCGCCUGUCUCAUACCUUCCGAAACUGUUAAACUUAUAUACCUGUCUCGCAUCAGGGUCUCUUGAGAAGAGAAAGAAGGAAAAGCAAGAAAGAGAGAACAAAAACGAGCGUCUUUAACAGCGUUCUAUCCGACAGUACAGAGUUUUAUUUUCGUCGGAUUGGGGUAUAUAACGUGUUCCGGGUCCAUUGAUAGGGAAACUGUUAAGCGGCGUGACUGUAGUUCAGGAUAGAAAUAAGAUAUGCGUAUAUAGAGGUUCGCCGACGGUCGCCGGGCCGUCGAUGUAUCUCUUGUUUGUGCGGAUCCUUGGUUGCACGAAUCUUUUUGAUUGCGCUCUAAUCCUCGCUCUAUCAUAGUUCCUUCGUUCCUCGCGAUCCUUGACUUUACACGGGUCUCUUGGUUUCCGUGUUAUCUUUAGUCUCGCGCCAAUUCGGUAUUCCGAGAUAGGUUUCCCGUAGACUUUACGCUGCGUGAAUUUGUUAGCUUCACGAAUCUCUUCAUAUGAGUUUUCAUCCCAACAUCACGUAAGUAGAUUUUGAGAAUCUGAGGAAAAUAUCGCAAAAGUAGAUCAUAUAUAUUUUCACAUAUAUAUUACAGUCGAGACAUAUAUUAUAUUCCCA